AAUGUGUUUGUAGGGGAAGGGGCAGUGCAUGACGGUGUAUUCCAACAAGUCUCCUAAUACAUGGCAGUGUCCCCUUCCAGGUACAAGACACAUCCACCUCGCUGCAUUGACUGAGGUGCCCAGCAGCUGCAGAGACUCCUGAGAGGCGGGACCCCUUGAGGCCAAGGACCACAGAAGAAGGCGAGGAACCCAGCCAGAGGGACUGCGAGACCCUACCUAGCAGUCCGCCAGCCCUCCAGGGCAAAUACAAUCCUGCCCUUCUACAGGGCAGAGCAAGAGCAGAGGGAGGACUACACCUACCUGGAGGAACCCGCCCUCUCAGUCAUCCUAUGGCACCUCCAGAGCACGGACCAGACUGUGAAGGAGGGGCUCACUUUCCUCCGUGCCGUCCCCACUCUGUGCCUGGCUACAAUGGAGAGGGGCGAGGACACCCUGGAGCCGCCCUGCUGCAAAGCGGCACUUGUGGAGAGGAUUGUGGUGCUGAUUGACAAGCUGUCGCAGUGCAAAGAAGAGCCCAGCACCAUCCUUCCCUACAGCAUGGCUGCUGUUUUCAUCCUCAGCAAACUGAAGCCAGCCCUGGAAUCGCGCCUCCUCUACACCGCCCUCCACAAGACCUUCCUGAUGGCCACAGGGCACAACAGCCAGCACAUCCAGGGCAUGCAGUGGAUCAGCGUGGAGUACCUGGAGGCCACGCUGAGGUGCCUGCUGGCACCUGCACCCAGCUUGGCCAGGCUGCAGUUCAUCGGGCAGCACUUGACCUUAUGGCUCCAGCUGGAAGAUGAGAGGGACAGAGCCACAGCCAUCAAGAUCACCACCAGCCUGCUUUGCUUUGCAGUUUCCCUCCUCCCACAGUUUGAGGACUCACCCAAGGUGCCCCAGGUGGGUGACCUGGUGGCCCUGCUGGGUCUGUGCAUCAGCGACCCAGUGGAGGAGAUCAGCCGCCAGGCCAAGGAGGGCCUCUCCCACCUCUACAAGAUCUUGAUGCACCAGAAGGGGCAAGACAUCCAAGAGGCACAGGAGCUGUGGCCCAUCAGCCAGCACCAGAACCAGCCCCGCCGAAUCCUCCUCUACAUCCAUCUGGCAACAAUGGGAGAGGCCUUCAGGAAGAUCCUCUCCGAAGACCAGAGGAGAGUGUUUGCAGAGAGGGCGCUUCUGGGGAUCCACCACAUCACGCUACACGUGAGCCAGGCCGGGGUGGUUCUUCUCUAUGCCAUCCUGGGGCAAGCUGGCCACCUGGCGGGGGCAGAGGUGAGCAGCAUGGUUGGAUUCAGGAGAUUCAAAGAUUCAUAG